UAAAAUUUAAAUGGAAAAGGCUAAUCUUUACAGAAACAAAAGAAGAAAUAGUUACUUUAAGAAAGCAAGAAGAUAUUCUAGAAGCUAUAGCAAAGAAGCAAGUACUACAAAUGAGUGCUCUCCUCUGAUAGAGAAGCUAGAAGGCUUCAAUUUUGAGAAUAGCACAAUAGUCAAAUGAAAUCAUUGUGGCAUUUGUUCAACUUCAGAUGGAUGCUGAGUUUGUCAGGAUGAGUGUAAUAAUAAUCCAUGUUGGAUGAACACUGAAAAAGAGUGAUCCCUGAACAAGCCUUCCAACAUGAUCUUUGUUACUAAGAAAGAGGAGUUAUUAGUAAUAAAACUAUGAUCAAUUACUGAAUGCUCUCUGAACUUGCUCUCCGAAUCAAUGAGAAGACCCCAGACUUUUAUCAGAAGGCAAGAGCAAGACUUUUGGUUUGAAGCUUUUCCAAAAAUGAAUCAACUGAUGUAUUACAAAAACAAGAUAAAUUUGGGAAGAAAUCAUCCUCCAAUGUACUCAACUACUGAUUAUCGGAGAUACUGCCUAUCCUUGUAUGGAAGAUUUGAUGCUAUCUGGAUAAACCUUUGUCCAGAUUUCAGUGAAAAAUUUGACAUAAAAGUCCCAUCGACUGGUCUGAAGAGCAACUCAGAAAGCAAUCUUGGCGAAAUUUCUGAAGAGAGGAAGAUAGAUCUUCAUCCUUCUCUCAUUAACAGCCAUGAACAUUGGACUUUUGAGGAGAUAAAGUCACUCCCUAUUAAAGAAAUAGCAGAGACCCAAUGUUUCCUCUUUAUGUGGGUCGGCAGUGGAGAGUAUCUUGAGAAAGGAAGAGAUCUCUUAAAGCACUGGGGCUUCAGAAGAUGAGAAGACAUUGUCUGGAUAAAGACAAGGAAACCUUCAAACUUAGGAUCUUCUGUGCAGAACAAUGAUGAGAUCAUCUAUGACAACCCAGAUAGAGUCUUCAAAAGGACCAAAGAGCAUUGCCUUGUUGGAAUAAAGGGGACUGUGAGAAGGGUUAGUGAUACUCACCUUAUUCACACUAAUAUUGACACAGAUGUUGUCAUUGAUGAAGAGCCUAAUUGUUUCUGGAGCAAUGAAAAGCCUUCUGAAUUGUUUGAUAUCAUUGAAAGAUUUAGUCUUGGCAGAAAGAAGAUCCAGAUAUUCGGAUCCAAAAAUACCAUUCGAAAGGGAUGGUUGACCACUAUUCACAAAGAUCUUACCAAAAACUUUAGUGAUAUCCACGACUCUACAUACAACAAGGACAAGUAUGAUAGCUUCUUCGAUACAGAUGUGGAUUACAAUACUCUUGAUGAUCACCAAGGAGGGAGGUACACAGGAACAACCAAAGAGAUAGAAGAGCUUCGCCCCAAAACACCAGCUACUCAAAAAUGCUCAACAAAUCAAAAAUAA